AUGGCUGAGUUUGGAGCUUCAAACCACGGGGACUCUGCGCUGAAUUAUCAAGAAAAAGAGUUAAAUGAAAGAUUAAAGCGUUUAUAUCCAGCUGUGAACGAAGAUGAGACCCCUCUGCCUCGAUCAUGGAGCCCGAAGGACAAGUACAACUAUAUCGGACUGUCACAGAACAAUCUUCGUGUACACUAUAAAGGACAUGGAAAAAAUCACAAAGAUGCUGCAUCCGUUCGUGCAACCCACCCGAUCCCCGCUGCUUGUGGCAUAUAUUACUUCGAGGUGAAGAUCGUGAGCAAAGGCAGAGAUGGGUACAUGGGAAUCGGACUGUCUGCCCAGGGUGUCAAUAUGAACCGGCUGCCUGGUUGGGACAAACAUUCAUAUGGUUACCAUGGAGACGAUGGACAUUCCUUCUGCUCUUCAGGUACAGGACAACCAUAUGGUCCCACUUUCACCACUGGAGAUGUCAUUGGUUGCUGCGUUAACCUCAUAAACAAUACCUGCUUCUACACAAAGAAUGGCCACAGUUUAGGAAUAGCAUUCACGGACCUGCCUCCUAACUUGUACCCAACAGUGGGACUUCAGACACCUGGUGAAAUAGUAGAUGCUAACUUCGGGCAGCAGCCGUUUGUAUUUGACAUUGAAGAUUACAUGCGCGAGUGGAGGGCAAAGAUUCAUGGUACAAUUGAGCGAUUCCCCAUAGGAGACAGAUUAGGGGAAUGGCAGACAAUGCUGCAAAACUUGGUGUCGUCCUACCUGGUGCAUCAUGGGUACUGUGCGACAGCAACUGCCUUUGCCAGAGCAACAGGGCAGACCAUUCAAGAGGAACAGAACUCUAUCAAAAACAGACAGCGAAUACAAAAGCUAGUUUUAGCAGGAAGAGUGGGUGAAGCUAUAGAAGCAACGCAACAACUGUAUCCAGGACUGCUGGAGCGUAACCCAAACUUGCUCUUCAUGUUAAAGUGUCGGCAGUUUGUGGAGAUGGUGAAUGGUACAGACAGUGAAGUGCGCUGUUUCAGUGCCCGUAGUCCUAAGUCUCAAGGUAGCUACCCUGGAUCACCCAACAUGAGUCCCAGACAUGGAGCCAAUAACUCUCACAUCAACAAUGCAGGAGCAGAAAGUCCAAACUGCAGCAAUGGGAUUGUGCCGUCAAAAAGCAAACCGAUCCACAACAAAUAUCCAGCUAUAAGUUCAUCAUCUUCAUCAUCUUCAUCUUCUUCCUCACCUUCCUCAGUAAACUAUUCAGAGUCCAAUUCUACAGACUCUUCCAAAUCCCAGCAACACAGUAGUACAAGUAACCAGGAAACCAGUGACAGUGAAAUGGAAAUGGAACCAGAGCACUACACCAAUGGAGUCUUGGAAAAUUCCUCCACUAGAAUAAUGAAUGGCAACUAUAAACACGAAGAAAUCCUGCAGACUGAUGAGUCCAGCAUGGAAGACAGCUGCCCCCAACGUCAGCUUUGUGGAGGUAACCAAGCUGCAACUGAACGCAUGAUCCAGUUUGGACGGGAGUUGCAAGCUUUGAGUGAACAACUUUGCCGAGAAUAUGGAAAGAAUGCCACACACAAAAAAAUGUUGCAGGAUGCAUUUAGUCUGCUAGCGUACUCUGAUCCUUGGAGCUGUCCAGUUGGGCAACAGCUUGAUCCUAUCCAGAGAGAACCUAUCUGUGCUGCCCUUAAUAGUGCUAUUUUAGAAUCUCAGAAUCUGCCAAAGCAGCCACCAUUGAUGCUUGCACUGGGCCAGGCCUCCGAAUGCCUCCGGCUAAUGGCACAUACGGGCAUUGGUUCCUGUUCAUUUGCCAGAGUGGACGACUAUUUGCACUAGCUGCUGUGGCAGUGGAAAGACCUCAGAUACUGCCCCCUCACCUCCUGUUCAAGACCUACAACAACCCUUCCCCUUUUCUCGAAGACCAUCGCACUGCCCACAAGACAGGUGCUGACUGAUCUUCUUUCCUGCCAGCAUCCUUGUUACAUUUUAUCAGGUUACACGACUGAAAGCAUUGCAUUUUGGAAGAGAUCAUGGGUGCAGUAGUGCACAGUAUAAAUGUAGCAUAUUCCGCUCUGAAUUCUUGGUCACUGAGCCACCAGUAUUUAACCCUGGAGGUUUUGUCCUGUGCUAGCCUCUGUUGUUUACUGGUUAUCAUUAGGGCUGUAACAAAAUUUACAUAUUUAGAAACUUCAUUCAUUUACUUUAUUUAAUGACUCGAAUAAUACCUUGAAUUUGUAUCAGCAUAAUCUGGUGCUGUUCUAGUUCUUCAGCACGAAUCAUGUUGCUUCAACUCCAUUCUCCUCUUCCUUUAGCAUAAAAUCUCAUGGCCACCCAAAACUUUGGAGUGUACCGUUGCCAAGACUUUAAUUCUUCUUUCUUUCAUCCCAGUUUUCGCCACAAAAGUACAACUGUUGAUUUGUUACAACCCUAGUAAUCAACCAUGUUUGGUUUACAUCUUUUCCAUAUUCUACCUGUGGAACAAUGCUGCUCAUUAACACUUUGCUCUUUCGUUUUGCUGUUCUGUCAUUCAGCCAUAACUUCCACUUGUUCCUUGUUGGGACUCUUACUUUAAAAUCCAGAUCAUGUCAGGUUCUCCCGUGUAUGUUAUGAACUUCCAUCUGUGAGUUCAAAUCACAGAGUCAAACUGACACCUCCAUUGGGCCUUCCCAUAUAAUUAUUUGGGUUAUUUGUCAGCAAGGAGUAGAAUGGGGUUGGGAUGCAAAGGAAGUAAUGGCAGGCAGAUAAUGUGGGUGCAAAACUAGUUAUGUUUCUUAAGGUUGAAUCAAUCAAGGCAAAAGUUAAUUACAAUAGUUGGAGGUCUACAAUUCUGCAAGUUUACAAAACUUCUCCUGGAAAGGUUUACUUAAUAUGUGAUUGCUGUAAUUCAGAUUAACCUCUGUAAAGCUAGUUGACUAGCAACUGAUUCCACUGAUAGCUGAUUAUGACAGUACUGAUUCCACAUUUCAAGCUUAGCACUGCAAUAUUGUUUAUUGAACAAUCUAUUCUAGUAGAUGGCAAGCUUUAAAGUCACGUCAAUGUGAUUGUCCCACUUAGAAGCAAUUAUCAGUUUAUUAUUAUAUCAUAAAACUGGCUCUCCAGGGAACAAAGUUCCACAUGUAAACCAAGAAGCUUUAACUGUGCUGUGGAUUCCUGUAACAAUCUCAAGAUAUCAGAAAAUGGAACCUAGUUGCUUGAAAGUCUAGAAGUUCUAUAGGUGAAUAAUUAUUCAGAAAGAAUAAUUAUCCUAUCAGGACAAUAAGCAGUGAUCAUGAAUUAAAGCGAGUUCUGAGUAAUUAGUCUAAGACAUAGCAGAAGAGAUGGAAUGGGAGCUGCAGUAUGUCACUUGCCAGUUGUGAGCAGUUGCACAAUGCAGUUCUCCUUGCAAGUGUUGCAUUUUAUUAGUUUUUUUUAAAUAGGCCAUUAUCUUCUCAGAAUUCCAUUGCACCGGCGCUAGUCUAAUUUGGAUUCAGUGAGUCAUCUCCAGAAUUUGAUGCCUAAUGCAAAUCCAUUGUCAUAACCCAGAAUUAAUUCAAUUAUAGUUCCCAAGGAAUAAUUUCAAGGAAGGAAUUCAGCUGUUUCAGUAUCAGAAACAUUUGGAGGUGCAUUCACAUUGUGCAGAUUAUAGUGAAUUAGCACUACUCCAAUAAAUGUGAGGCUUUGAUCCUGGAGGAUCCUUGCAUGAUCCUAUUUUAACUCAAUAUCUUUUGUGCUGUUGACUUGUCGGAUUCUCCUGCAAUGGAACUUGGUAUUAGGGGUGGAAAUAGGGAAUCAAAGCAAUAAAAUAUGGAUGUUGCAAGAGAAAGGAAGUGUGACCAAGCAUGUCUUCAGUGAAAAGCAGAAACCACUUUGGCAAUUCUUAAAAAGCAAAGAUAUGAAGGGAAGUGAGGAGCUUGUAUAAGACUGUUGUGACCAUAAACAAAUCUGAAGAGUCACCAUUUCCAAUUUAUGGGGCUUUUUCACCUUCACCAAGACGUAAUUAGUUUUGCAUUAGUUAAAAUUGACCAAACCUCUGCAAGGAGAGUAGUGAUACGGUGCAGGAAGAAUUAUUGAAGUGUCCAUCUACAGGAAGCAAGUUUUUAAUUAACAUCUUGGUAUUGUUUUUGUUUUGGCCUUUAGAAUAUCACAGCGCUUUAAAAUGUUACAUUACAAUUAUGUUACUUUUUUAAAAAGUCCAUUCCAAAUUUUAUGAUUUAUUUUCCCACAAAUUUUCCUUUCCCAUCCUCUCUGUUGCUGUUGGACAAGGAGAGACGUUUUGCCAAGUUCCUUCCUAUUCCACAUUAAUCUGCCACAAGGAAGUGUACAGAACUGAUGGUGUUUGGUGUUUUCUUCUCAGCCAGUCCCUGAAGCUUGUGACAUAUGGUGGUGCCUCGUGACUAUCCAUUGUAUUAGUUGAUGGUGCAGCCUAUGAUGUGUUCUCUGCGACAAAUCUGACACCUCAAAAUUUCCAGUUUUAAACAUUUUUGAUAUUGCAUUUGUCCAGGAACUGCAGCAUCAUGCAGCUGAUUUUUUUUGACAAUGUACAUUUUAAUAUCUAAGCAUUUGUGCAACCCACAAAAUUGAAGGAACAGUCUGUUAUUGAUACAAGAUCCCUGGUAAUGCUUUGAGAAUGCUCAGUUUUACAAUGCCAAGCUAUGUUUUUAUUAAAAAAAAACAGUCCUUUCUUCUUGUCAUUUUUUAUCAAGCCAAGAUGAGCAGUUCUAUGCACACAGAUGUAACACAAGCGUGAUUGUGGAACAAUGCUGACUGAUAUCCCUAGGUUUUAAUUCUGCAGGCAGAUUGAGUAAUUUGAGCUCUGAUGGAGAGUUUUCUCCCAUCAUAUUUCCACAUGAGCUCCUCUUGUUGCUUGGUGGGAUGGAGUAGGGCGGAUGUGGAUGGCAGGGUAAGGGUCGAAAUCCAAAGCUAAAAAAGUGGAACUGUUCUGCUAUGCAUGGAUUUUUUUUCCUCAUGGGUGCAAGAAUUCAUACAUAGAGAAGAGUAUUAAUUCACUACAAAAUCAAAUUAGAUUGGGCCUGUGAUGAAAGGAGGAAGGCCAGCUGAGUAGACCAAAAUAUCAAAGAUGUCUGGAGUUAAGUUGCUUGUGCAUUACAUUGGAUAUACUAGCCACUCUCUGAUGGAGCUGGAUUUAUCUUAUGAACAUCAGACAUUGGUGUAGAUACUUCAAAGAUGUUUAUAAAAAUCAGAAUCCAGAGCUAAGUAUUUGUUCCCCCCAAAUGUGUAGUGGAACUUUAAAAGUAGAACAGUGUAUGCUGUAGAAACAAAUGGGAAAAGGGGGUAAUAACUUAGAUGUGAGAACUACAAAACUGCUACAAUUUUAUGGUCUAACUAUAGGAGACGGGAAGAAAUUCGGCUAAAUGUGCACUGUAUGCACAAUUGAGUGCCAAUUCGCUUCUGAAAUCGAUUCUACUGAAAUUGAUGGAAUUAGAUUUCAUAAGUGUAGUUCAAUGCACAGCUGCUACUAUAUUGCACAUUUAACAACAAGGAUGAAUUUCAACCCAAGUAUUCCAUUCCAGAUUAUUACUUUUAAAUUAAUUUGAAAGCUAUUAAGGCCUCUGUAUCAUCCCUGUCAGCUCAUUGGCCCUCUGCAUCACUGUUAAACAGUCUGAGACAGUUUUCAAAUAAUGUGACACAUUUUGCAGUUCUGCAAGGCAUGUGCACAUGCAGAAUGGACAACACAAGGUGGUUUUAGGUGUCAUUUACAUGUGGUAUUUUUGCUUUAGGCAGAGGAAUUUAACUACAUUAAUGUUAUAAUUUUAUGCAAUGUUUUCCAUAAUGUUUGGUUAAUGGAGCCUUUUAAGUUCGGCUCUCAAUCUUUUGGAAGAUUCAGUUUAUUUAAGAAAAAUUGUAAGAUGAUAUUAAUGAAUCCAACCUUAAAGUUAAUGCCUUGAAUUUGAAUUUGUCAGGGGGUUAAUUAAAAGGGAAGUAUGUGGAAUUAAUCCACAAUAUGAAUAUUACUUUUUAAUGACACUGAUGAUGGUUCACCUCUCAUACUUAUCUCAUUACUCUUGGCCUUGUUUUCAACAUAUUUUUGAUUAAGAACAGCAUUCAAGUAGACUUAGUAGACCUCCACUUGUUAUAAAUUCAGUGAUAUCACUGUGAAGCAUGUUGCGCACAAUACUCUCUCCCCACAAGAAGGGGGAGGGGGUUUGACAAAAGUUGUUUUUCAGUCAGCCUCGACCCACUGCUAAAGCAUGAAAACAAGUUUUAAAAAAAAAUACCUGUAGGCUGAAUGAUACCAGUAUAUUCACAGAUUUUUCUAAUUAUAAGUUUUGAAGUUAGAUGUCAGAUUAGGUUGGUUCAAGUUUAGUUCCAGUUGCUGGAUAGUUUAUUUUCUGAAAGUUAAUAAUCUGAAAAAUAAAGUAUAUCUCUUUUCUAUGUAUGCCAUUAAAUUCAAUUUUACCAUCUUAACAAAGCAAUUUAUUUUAACACCACAUUAACAUUAAUGUGAAUUUUAUAAGUCCUCCACCUUAUUCAGUAUAUUGUAUUCAAAUCUCAUUUUUCUUGGGUAGUGUGGGAUAUGUUUUGUAGCACGGUUGUUUCUUUUGCAUGACCAUGUCUUUCAAUUGAGAAACUGAAAACCUAUGUUGGAAAAGAUCAACAGUUUAAGAAAAUGAACAGAUUAGGUCAACAAAAGGAGAUUACAAUAUAGGGAAUUGUUUUCUCUCAGCAAUUGCUGGCUAGCCUCAGGCUAAGGUGACACAAUUUUAGCCAAGUGCACUAAAUUAAAUAGAAUUUUCCUUGGAAACAAUACAGAUAAAUGUUUGUUGUAAAUAUUUCACAUUGCAUAGACACAUCUACCACCAUUGGUAACCAAGUAAAGCACGCAAUGAUCAAAAAAUAUUUGCACCCUUUUUUUUGUCUUACCACUUAACAACAAAUGUAUCGAGGAAUGAACUACAGGUGCAAUUGCCAUAUGAAUGAAAAUUGAGAUUGCAUAGCCACUAAAUUAGCCAUAUUGACUCCUGGUGUACCUGAUGUGGCUGGUGGCUUACUACAUUGGAUAACGUUGUCUUGAGUAAUUAAGCAAAUAGUUUUGUAGUAAUUAAUCCCGUUUUUUCAUGAGGUGUUCACUGGAUGCCAACCCAUUUGAAAAUAAAUUGUACCAGAAACAGGAGGUCAGGUCAGUUUCAAUUGGUGGACAGCUUAUUAUCUGCUGCUGGUUUAGAGUUUCAGAAUUAAUGCCAGAUUUCCCCUAACUGGAGGUCCAUCCAUCCAGACGUGCAAAGUUGUGACAUUUCAUUCAGACAAUUGGCAUGCAUUUCUUAAGUCUUAGAAGACGAAUUGAGUUUAAAGCUUUUCGUUUCUGACUGGUUGCUGUAAAAAAAUACACCAGCCAGUACCAGAACUUAUUGCCAAUUCCUACAUACCAUUGUUCCCCCAAAAAUAUUUGCAGUAAAAAAAUAAAUGACAAACAAAUGGACAUUCAACUAAGUGUACACAAAGUUGAUUUGUUUGCAAACUGCUAUUCUUGAAAAGCCUGAAAUACUGUAAUUCAGCAACUUGAACUUGUAUUCAGUAUUGUGUAUUUGCAAAUAACUGAAAGGCCAGCAACAGUAGUGUUGGAAAGAGUACUGCUGAUUACUCACAGUCUCAUCCCAGUUGUCACUGUAAGCUGGAAAACUGUAUUGUGUACUAGGUAAGUGUGAAUGUGAGUGGCAAUUUCAUACUAUAUGAUAAGCUACUAAAAGCUUUGUAAAACCAUGUACUUUGUUUUUUAAUGUCUAUCAAUCAGUGGCGAGGUUGAUGUUUUCACCUUAAUGAGACAAUCUAAAAUCAUUUUGAAUUAAAGUUUCUGAUUUCAUUUACUUAUAUUUGUUAUUGGAAACAAUAUUAUUAAUUUGUAAAAGAAAAUCUCACUAUCGUCUUAAAGCUGCAAUUAUGCACCAAUUUAAUCUUCAUUCUGGUUUGUAUGCUUUCAGUCCAACUAUUCCAACCAAUGCGGCUUCUCCCAACACCUUUUUGCUGAUGUCUGAGACAUUUCACAGGCUCUGGCACAUUGAAGAAAAGUGAUAAUUUAUUUUCUCUUUCAGUUAAAUUUCCCAAUAAGUUCUGAUUAUAGAUAUAACCUCACAUCAAAUUGGAAAGAGGAGCAUGCUGCAUUUUAACUUUCGUUUGCACUCACAUUAAAACCCUGAGGUUGACGCUUUUGAGUUUGUACCAGGCACUUUGAAAUAUGGGAACAGGAGGUCUCAUUUACCUGACGUUAUGAAGUGUACUGAAGCAUGGCUUUGAUUUUUUUUUGUGUGCUCUUUCCCCUUGGUUGGGUUCUGCAAAACUAAUGCUGAUUUUUUUUUAAUUUUAAUUUUUAUUUUCUUUUUUAGAAUAAAACAGUAAAAAUGGUGUGACACUAUUUAAAGAUUUUAAAAAUUCUGUUAAUCUAGUAAUUCUAGUUUUGUGUACUUAACUGUGCUCAGCUUGAAACUAUAAAGUCAUUUUGUUUAAAGGAAGGGAAGGGUUAAUAACAUUUUAAAUUCUGUAUACAGUAUAAAAUGUAUACAUUGUAAUUUAAUGAUUUUCUUUUGUGGCUCCAAACUCAGGUAUGUUACAUACAAUUUACAGCAUGGAAUGUGAAGCAAGGUGUUUCGUUUUACCAGCACAAAACUCAUGAACUAAUUUCUGCUCCAUGCUCAAUAUCAGUUUAGUUUUGUUAUGAAUUCAAAAUGAACACAUAAGCUGUGCACAAGUACAAUGGUUGUUCAGUUUGAGCAUAGUAAGUAUUUGUGAAGCAAAAAUUACCCAGUACUAGCAUGAACAUUUGAGAAACUUUUAAAACAAAAGCAAAACACACAAAAAAAAAGAAAAUAUGUACUAGAAAUAUGUUAAAAUGAAAUGUAUUCUGUUGUAUUUUGACAGAAUUAUUUUUAUUAAAAU